UUUCAGUUGCUCCAAAGUGGACCUAAACACACACAGACACACACACAGAAAGAGGAAAGCAGAAUUGGGUUUGAGAAAUGGCUUCAAUGGCAUCCUCCAGUACCCAUUUCUACACUCACAAAACCUACAAAACAAACCCCAAAUCUUCCUUAAACCCCCUCUUCAAACUCUCUAUCCUAUCUCACCACCAAGAGGAUGAGCCACCCAUUCAAACCACCCACCCCAAGGGCCGCAGGGAAAUAAUGUUGAGGUGCAGUGAAGUUGCAGUUCUUGGAGCCAUUUUCCACUUUAGUGGGACAAAACCAAAUUACUUGGGGGUGCAGAAAAAUCCGGGUGGAUUGGCUUUGUGCCCUGCCACCAACAACUGUGUUUCAACUUCUGAGAAUAUCAGUGAUCUCACACACUAUGCUCCCCCCUGGAAUUACAAUCCUGAGGAGGGGCGUGGAAGUAAAAAGCCAGUGAGCAGAGAACAAGCCAUGGAAGAGUUACUUCAAGUGAUCAAAUCAACAAAACCAGACAACUUCACACCAAAAAUAGCGGAGAAGAGGGACGACUAUGUCCGAGUGGAAUACGAAAGCCCAAUCAUGGGGUUUGUGGAUGAUGUCGAGUUCUGGUUUCCACCGGGCAAGAAACCCAUCGUGCAGUACCGAUCAGCUUCGCGUUUUGGGAAUUUCGACUUUGACAUAAAUAGGAAGAGGAUCAAGGCUUUGAGGUUGGCGUUGGAGAAGAAGGGAUGGGCAUCAGAGAACAGUCUUUGAUUCAGCUCAGCAUCUGCAAUCAUCAAUAAAGAUAGGAAGGAAAUUCUGACCCUAUAUAUUAAAUGAAUAUUGAGACAAUUCAGAUUCAUAUAAUGGGAAAUCGUAUUCUUGUC